GACCGGACCUUAAAUUCCCUAGGCACCCGUAUGUUUUCGAUUGAACAUUUCCGUUUUAAACCGUUACUCGACAGCAAUAUGAGAACGAUGGAUACGAUAUGCCGCAAAAUAAGCGACUCGUCGUUCACGUCUCACUGCGUGUCGGCGUUCCUCGUACGGCUGCUCUUGAUACUGUACGCCAAUGUUCACGACGGUCUCUUCAGCGUGCCGUACACGGACGUGGACUACAAAGUGUUCACCGACGCCGCCAGGUACGUGACGGAGGGACGAUCGCCCUUCGAGCGUCACACCUAUCGCUACUCACCAUUGUUGGCCUGGCUCUUGACGCCGAACGUCGUGCUGCACAAAGACUUCGGCAAGCUUCUGUUCUCUGCAGCGGAUAUACUGAUAGCGAUCUCGAUCAGGAGCGUUCUCGCGCGACAGAGAUGCAACGCGGCCACGAGGGAACUGUGCGCGCUCCUGUGGCUCUGCAAUCCGCUGACGUUGGUGAUCUCGACGAGGGGUAGCGCGGACUCUUUGGCGGUCCUCCUGGUCACUCUUACAUUGGACCUGCUGCAGAGGGACAAGUACGUAUCGGCUGGACUGCUGCACGGGGUGUCCGUGCACUUCAGAUUGUACCCGCUCAUGUUCAGCCUGCCGAUGUACUUGUCCCUGCGCAAGGGCAACCGCUUCUUGCCGAACAAGGACCAAUGGAGGUUCGCGUCGAGCUGCGUGCUAUCAAUCAUCGCGUUCACCGCCACCAGUUACCACCUAUAUGGCUUCAGUUUCCUGCAGGAGAGUCUUCUCUACCACUUAACGCGCAAAGACGCCAGGCACAACUUCUCCGUCUACUUCUACAUGCUUUAUUUGUCCGCCGAUCAACCGCCCGACGUGGUCCUGAAGGUUCUCACGUUCUUGCCGCAAUUGCUGCUGCUGCUGGUCACGUCGUAUUAUUAUUCGGAGAAGUCCGACUUACCGUUCGCUAUGUUCGUCCAGGCGAUCAUUGCGGUGAUGUACAACCCGGUCUUGACCUCCCAGUACUUCUUUUGGUUCUUGUCCCUGUUACCGCUAUGUCUGCCGAGCAUCGGCAUGAGCCUACGCAGAUGCGCGUGCCUAAUGUGCAUUUGGAUCGCGAGUCAGGCCGUUUGGCUGCUGGCGGCCUACCUGUUGGAAUUCCAAGGUUUCAAUUUGUUCGGUUUACUGUGGUUGUCGGGCCUGUUGUUCUUCGCUGUCAACGUGAAGGUCUUGGUAGAUAUCGUUAGUCAUUACAAAAUGUAAUUGUUACACUGUGUGUCACCGGGUGAGACUCUUCUUCGGGUCUCCUCGAAUAUGUUACCCUUUGUUUAUGUAUUUGCAGAAAAUAAAAAAUGACUGAAAGCGCAA